AUGACGAAGAAAACUUUCUUUUCGAAUCUUAUUUCCUUCUCCUUUUGCAUUUUUCUAUUGUUCGGCUAUUCUUUCGCGAAAACUAAAGUUGAAAGCACAGGUACCGAAAAACCUCACGUGACAAAAAGUACAACUGUUCAUCGGCCGCGACGCGUUUUUCCAUUCGCGCCACCGCCACCAAUACCUGAUAGUGGUAAUCAUCCUUCAAAAUUUCCACUUACAUGGCCAUUUACUUUCCCACCGUCGCCUGGUUUUAAAUUUCCACCAAUUCCUCCAUUUGCUUUUCCACCAUCGCCUGGUUUUAAGUUUCCACCAAUUCCUCCAUUUGCGUUUCCACCAAUUCCUCCAUUUGCGUUUCCACCAUUGCCUGGUUUUAAAUUUCCUCCAAUAUUUCCUCCAUUCCCUGGAACCCCUCCUAAUGAUGGUGCCAAAGGUGAUGGUAGUAAUAAGAAGAAUUGA